AGCAUGUUGUCUGGAAGGGUUCGGCGCUGGCUGCACUACAUUGCGGAAGACCACCGGAGCCACCUAUCAUUUAUGGGAGCCCACCUAAUAUUGUGGAGACCAGCUUCAGCCGCGGACUGAACGGCGCCUACCGUCUGCGGCAGCUGGUGCCCACCGCCGUGUACCAGCACAUGAAGAUGCACAAGAGGAUCCUGGGACACCUGUCGUCCGUGUACUGCGUCACGUUCGAUCGGACGGGCCGGCGCAUCUUCACCGGUUCAGAUGACUGUCUGGUGAAGAUCUGGGGGACGGAUGACGGACGUCUGCUGGCGACUCUGCGCGGCCACGCCGCCGAGAUCUCGGACAUGGCCGUGAGCUACGAGAACACCAUGAUCGCCGCCGGGUCCUGUGACAAGACCAUCAGAGUGUGGUGCCUGCAAACCUGCGCCCCGCUGGCCGUCCUCGAAGGACACGCAGCCUCCAUAACCUCACUACAGUUUUCGCCGCUCUGCAGCGGCUCCAAGCGCUACCUGUCCUCCACCGGAGCAGAUGGCAUCAUCUGUUUCUGGCAGUGGGACGCUCGGACGCUCAAGUUCGGCCCGAAGCCCAGUAAAUUCACCGAGCGCUCCAGACCUGGCGUACAAAUGAUCUGCUCGUCCUUCAGUGCAGGUGGCAUGUUCCUCGCCACGGGAAGCACUGAUCACAUCAUCAGGGUUUACUACUUUGGAUCGGGUCAGCCGGAGAAGAUAUCGGAGCUGGAGUCACACACAGACAAAGUUGACAGCAUCCAGUUUUCACACUUCAGUGACAGGUUUGUGAGUGGCAGUAGAGAUGGCACCGCUCGAAUUUGGCAGCUGCAGCCUCAAGGCUGGAAGAGCAUCCUGCUGGACAUGCAGACCAAAUUACCUGGGAAGUACAACCCUCCUCCACUGGAAGACAAGGUAACCAAGCUGAAGGUUACCAUGGUAGCGUGGGACCGCAGUGACAGCACCGUGAUCACAGCAGCCAAUAAUCUCACGCUGAAGGUUUGGAACUCCAUCACCGGGAACCUGGUGCACGUCCUGAUGGGUCACGAGGAUGAAGUCUUUGUCCUGGAGCCGCAUCCCUUUGAUCCAAGGAUCCUGUUCUCGGCCGGGCACGAUGGGAACUGUAUCGUGUGGGACCUGGUCAGGGGGGUCAAGAUCCGCUCCUACUUCAACAUGAUUGAAGGCCAAGGGCACGGGGCGUUGUUUGACUGCAAAUGUAGUCCCGAUGGGCAGCACUUUGCAGCCACCGAUUCCCACGGUCACCUGCUCAUCUUCGGCUUCGGCUCCAGCAGCAAAUAUGACAAGAUAGCGGACCAGAUGUUCUUCCACACCGACUACCGGCCGCUUAUCCGGGACGCCAACAAUUAUGUGCUGGAUGAGCAGACGCAGCAGGCCCCGCACCUGAUGCCCCCUCCUUUCCUGGUGGAUGUGGAUGGAAACCCCCACCCACCCAGAUACCAGCGCCUGGUGCCCGGCAGGGAGGGCUGCAGGGACGAGCAGCUGAUUCCUCAGAUGGGGGUCACUUCCUCAGGUCUCAACCAGGUGGUGAGCGAGCAGGCGGUGGAGGGACCGAGUCCUCUGGACACCAUGAUUCAGAGGCUGCAGCAGGAGCAGGACCAAAGGCGCGGAGCCAACGACUCCAGGGCCAGCAGAGGAUCGGUAGGCUCGCCUACAGAGGUCCACUCCCCCCCUAACGUUGGUCUCCGGCGCAGCGGGCAGAUUGAAGGUGUUCGCCAGAUGCACAGCAACGCUCCUCGCAGCCAGAUGGCCACGGAGGGAGACCUGGUGGCGUGGAGCCGCAGGGUGCUGGUCCCCGAGCUGGAGGACGCCUUUAUUGGGAGACAGUUGAACUGGCGUGAGGCAAAAGGGGACGAGGAGAUCAAUAUUUAUCAGUCGGAGAGGAGGAGACGGACCCUCCACUCCCUCCCCAAGGAGAACAGGGGUCAUCCGGCGUCGGAGUGCGUGGACGAGGCGAGGCGGAGCCAGGGGAACCAUGGCUAUCAAACCCGCGCUGCCAUGGAGGAGACGAGCCGUCAGAGCGCAGAGGCUGCCGAGGAUGAAGAAAGCAUCUCGGAGGGAGAGGUGGAGGUCCGGCAGAUCAACGGACACUCGUCGGAAGAGGAGAAGGAGGAGGAUGGCAAAGAGCCCUGGCCAGAUGACCACAGUAGUUCAAGCGACUACUCCAGCGAUUACUCGGACUGGACGGCAGACGCAGGGAUCAACCUCGAGCCACCCAAAAAGAGUGUGAAAGUGAAGAAGAAAAGCAGCAGCUCCGAGGAGGACGUGGAGAAGAAAAGGGAGGGGAAGAAAGAGAAGAAGAAAGACAAAGUGGACAAAGACGACGCAUUACCAAAGAAGAAGCAGCCAAAGGAGAAGAGGAAGAGGGCGGAGUUGCAGGAGCAGGGGUUAACGCUGGAGGAGUGGCUUCCCUCGGCCUGGAUCACAGACACGGUUCCCCGGAGAUGUCCUUACAUACCCCAGAUGGGCGACGAGGUGUACUACUUCCGGCAGGGUCACGAAGCUUACGUUGAAAUGGCCAGACAGAAAAAGAUUUACAGCAUCAAUCCUAAGAAGCAGCCCUGGCACAAGAUGGAGCUGCGGGAGCAGGAGUUGAUGAAGAUCGUUGGCAUCAAGUAUGAAGUUGGUUUACCGACGCUGUGUUGUCUGAAGCUGGCUUUUCUGGACCCCGACACUGGCAAACUGACAGGAGGAUCCUUUUCUAUGAAGUACCACGACAUGCCUGACGUCAUCGACUUCCUGGUGCUGCGGCAGCAGUUUGACAACGCCAGAAAGAGGCAGUGGAGUAUAGGUGACAGGUUUCGGUCAGUGAUCGACGACGCCUGGUGGUUUGGGACCAUUGAGAGCCAGGAGCCCUACCAGCCUCAGUAUCCAGACAGCUUGUUCCAGUGCUACAAUGUCUGCUGGGACAACGGAGACACGGAGAAGAUGAGUCCUUGGGACAUGGAGCUCGUCCCCGAUGACGCCCAGUUCCCCGACGAACUGGGCACGAGCGUCCCGCUCACGGAAGAGGAGCAGAGGGAGCUGCUGUACGUGCCGCUGGACGGGGAGUGGGGCAGCUGCAUCCGGGAAGAGGAGUGCGAACGCAUCAUCAAGGCCAUCGACCAGCUCUGCACACUGGACGUGGCAGCGCCGUUUGCCUUCCCCGUGGAUCUGCAGGCGUACCCGACGUACUGCACGGCCGUGGCCUACGUCACCGACCUCAGCACCAUCCGCCAGAGGCUGGUCAACCGCUUCUACAGGCGGGUUUCCUCUCUGAUGUGGGAGCUGCGGUACAUUGAACACAACGCCCAGACGUUCAACGAGCCGGGCUCGUUCAUCGUCACCACCGCCAAGUUUGUCUCCGACCUCAUGCUGGCUUUCAUUAAGGACCAAAGUCUGACGGACCUCAUGCCUCUGCACAAAACUAUGAAAAAGGCAACCUUCUCAGACUCGGAGGAUGAGGAUGACGAAGAAGAAGACGACGACGAUAUCAAUGCUCCUGGAACGUCGACACAGAAUCAUAAGGCCCGUCGACCCAUGAAGCGGCAGGUCCGAACCCGCCCUCCUUCCUACGAUCCCCAAGCGUGGAAGGGACGCUGCAAAGAGCUGCUGGAUCUCGUCUUUCAGUGUGAAGACUCCGAGCCGUUCAGAGAACCAGUGGACCUACAAGAAUAUCCGGACUACCUGCAAAUAGUUGAUUCACCCAUGGACUUUGGUACGGUCCGGAACAUCCUGACUGAAGGGAAGUACAAGUCUCCCAUUGAGCUCUGCAAAGACGUCAGGCUCAUUUUCAGCAAUUCCAAAGCAUACACGCCAAGCAAGAAGUCACGGAUAUACAGCAUGAGCCUGAGGCUUUCUGCAUUGUUCGAGGAGCACGUCAGCUCCAUCCUGGCCGACUACAAGGCCAUCCACGGCCUGACGGAUAAACUGACCAGGCAGGGCACACACAGACAGACACGACACACUACCGACAGACAAACGCGGCACGCAAUGAAGAGGAGGAGGCGGAGGAGUGAGUCCCCACGAGCAGCAGGUGCGUGUAGUCCGGAGAGGAGAGACGAGUGUCGUCCAGGGUGAAUGAAAGAGGGAGCCGUCGCCGCCUCCGUCACGGCCUUCUUGAGACAGAGCGUCCCGCUGAAACAGCCGCCUCAGCUGGUCAACGGCAAGGCCGACACGCCGGCGCUGGGGCGGACGCGGAGCGCUGCACGCCAUCACUCACACUCUUCACCUUCAUCCACCACCAUCACCAACAGUGUGCCGACCACAGCAGAGUCUUCUCGCUCGUUGCGGGCUCAUAAUUCAGUGCCAGCUUCAGCUCCACCGGUCCCUGAAAAGGUGACCCCCGCCAAACCCACGGAGGGCGGCAGUGGGAGCACUCGCCGGAAGCUCCGGACGCCUGUUCGCCUCACGCCUGGGUCCCCUGCCAGCCCGGUAUCUCAGAGCAAGGUCCACCUGAACGGCCACACGAGUCCCGUGAGCCUCGGCGUGGGGAGACGCGGCCGGAAGUCCAGGACGGACUCGCCCGCGAGCCCUCCGGAGGUCACGACCCCCGCCAGCCCCGCCCGGCCCCGAGGUCGCCCCCCCGGCAAGAAGAGAGGCAGGAAGAGCAAGCAGGAGCUGGAGGAGAUGAUGCAAAGCGGCAACCACCGGAGCUCCACGCCCGACGACGAGCACGGCCACUCCACCGGCGACGAAGGCGGAAUCUCUUCCCCGCACGAAUCCCCGGUGCUGUCGGACUCCGGCGCGGCCUCGACGCCGAGGCGGCGGGGCCGACCCCGCUUGGUAAGAACUGAGGAGUCGGCGGCGCCUCCCGCCGAGCCGUCGGAGCCCUCCGAGCCCUCGCCGCUGAGGAGGAGCAGCAGGAGGGCCAACGAGGAGGUGGCGUCUCCUCUCCAGACGGCCUCCCAAGCACCCGGCCGGAGGGAGUCUCCGCAGGAGGAGGGCGGGGAGGAAGGGGAAGGAUCCAUGCGCACACGUAACCAGGGGCGACGGUCGGCCUGGUACAUGGAGGAGGACUCCGAGGAGGAGCAGAGACAGCUGCUGUUCGAGGAUUCAUCAAUAACAUUCGGCACCUCCUCGAAGGGACGUGUCCGCAAACUGACAGAAAAGGCCAAAGCCAACCUUAUAGGCUGGUAGCGGCGCAGACGCACACGUUGGGCGCUAUGGAGCCAAAUCAAGGCCAAAAGUUUUGCUAAUUUGAAAAUAAAAUUUGAACCUGAAAAUUCUUUUUUACAGUUUCAAUUUUAUUUUUUUCAGUAUCAGAUCUUUUUUUCACUUUCAAAUCUUUUUAUUUCAGUUUCAAAUCUUUUUUUCAGUUUCAAAUCUUUUUCUUUCAGUUUGACGUCUUUUUUUUCAGUUUCAAAUUUUUUUUUUCAGUUUCAAAUCUUUUUUUCAGUUUCAAAUCUUUUUCUUUCAGUUUUACGUCUUUUUUUUUUCAGUUUCAAAUUUUUUUUUCAGGUUCAGACUUUUGGCCCGGAUCUGGCGUGGGGGGCGUGGCAUCAACUGAGAGGGGCGUGGCAUCAUGAGUGACAGCAGAACAGAGAAGGCGGGGGACGUUCCUCAGUCAUGUUGCCUUCAGGAAACGUAGGUUGCAGAAGUUAUCAG